AGGAUUUCAAUUGCUGUAAGCAAGCCAAAUACAUCGAAAUUCCUCAGAUAUUGAGAAUUAUCGAAAAAAAAGUCGAUUUGUCACUUUUGACAAUUUAAAUUCGAGGUUAAGCUUUGGUUAGACCAUUUUCGAUUUUUCCUUCGUAGAAAAUUCAUAAAAUCGUUUGUCCACACAAAUCAAUCUCCCAGAUUUAUUACAAUCUAACUAUGCCAAACGCGUGCAUUAUUUGCACUAAAUCUGCAACAUAUAAGUGUCCAAUGUGUUACAUAUACUACUGUUCUGCCAAAUGUUGCAAACAGCACCGGGGGGACGGAUGUAAACUUCUAAGUGAAACUGCUGCCGAGCCUGUUGAUGAAUCUAUCAUGAACUUUACCAAACACUUUGGAAAAGCUUCUGAAGAAGUGCCAGAAGGUAGACUACAAUUACUGAAGCAAAGUGACGAAGUUAAAAAUCUGAUUACGAAUCCACAUCUCAGAAAUCUACUGGUUACCAUCGACAAUGCGGAAAACCCUGAAGAGAUUGUGCAAAAAGCCAUGCUGGAACCCAUUUUCGUCGAAUUUACUGAUGCCUGUAUGAAAGCGGUCGAGCCGGAAAAUACCAAGGAAGAACCGUUUCAUACAUAAGCAGAUUUUCUCAGUUUCAUCCAGUCCCUUUCCAUACCUUUUGCAUAAUCUGUAACUUGUUUGUUGCCCCCUUUCAGAAUAUAGAUUAAGACUGUUGAUUGUGCAAUGUUUUUUCCGUAAUUUGCGCACUAAUAGUUAGAAACGUGGAAAGUUUAGUAGUAUUAUUAUGGUUCGGUGUUUUUGCAAAAGAUCUUGUCUUUGUAAAAAUAUAUCAUCUUAUCUUGUCGCUCUUCCGUUAAAGUUUUUGCUGUCAGAAACCGUAUUUAACUAUAAUAAUGAAUAAUUGAAAUGUCUAGUUUAAUUUGUAUUUGUUAGUUUGCUCUAGUUUUAUUUUUCCAGCUGAAUGUCUUCGGAGUUUUGCCAACUAAAGGCAUCACAGUUAAAUAAGAUUAACUAGAAAUGUAUGUAUUUUUUACAAAACGAUUUAUUUGCUGCUAUUUUUUUAAUAUAAUUUUUUAUUCUUAA